AUGGAUAGUGAUCCAAAUGGCAAUAUUCAUACAAAAAUUUGUUCGGAAUGUGGUCGUAAAAAAAUUUCAUAUGGAUGGUGUGAAUCUUGUGAUAUAAAACAUUCAAAGCGGACAAGUGGAAACAGAAUUGAUUUUGAUAUGAUUAGUGAUAUUUCUACUAAUAUACUCA